AUGACGCCUCAAUCAUCGCAAUCCUCCGCACCUUCACCGUCUCUGAAACGAAAGCAACCAAGCAUCUCUAGUUUCUUCACCCAGAAAUCCACAUCCAGCUCCUCGCCCAAAGACUCCGAAGCGACCCCUACCAAGGGGCCCAAGAAAAGACAAGCCUCACCAGCGGAGAAGAUCAACGAGUCGAAACGAGCUGAUACAGUGGAAGAGGAUGACGACGAGGAUAUUGUUGUACCGGCUCCAAAACGAGCUAAGACCGCCGGCACAGACGCAGAAGAGCCGAUUCGAGUUGCGACGAGCGUGCCCUUCGAACACACUUCCCAGCCGAGUAGUAGUCAACGCACCGAUAUUUUCAAGUUCCAAAGCUCCCCUGCUGUUGCUACGAGUGUUACUGCUAGAGAUGCUACGGAAGAAGCCGAUCCAGAACAGGAUCGACGGAAGAGAGAGAAGGAGAAGCUACACCAGAAAUUUGUCAAGAAGCUCGGCGGAGCCGAUUGCUUGAUUGGAAUUGGGAGGACAGCUGCAAACGAUGCUGCUGCUGGAGCGGACGAUGCUGCAGAGGCUGAGGACGAUGAUGAAUCUCCUCCUCCAAUCAAGGGCAAGGGUGCCAAGAAGGGCGGGAGCAAGCUCACGCCUAUGGAGAAACAGGUCGUCGAAAUUAAGCGCAAGCAUAUGAACACUGUACUGGUGAUUGAAGUCGGAUAUAAGUUCCGGUUCUUCGGAGAGGACGCGCGUAUUGCCGCAAAGGAGUUGGGCAUUGUGUGUAUCCCGGGAAAGUUCAGAUUCGAUGAGCAUCCCUCGGAGGCACAUCUUGACCGGUUUGCUUCAGCCAGCAUUCCAGUGCACCGACUACAUGUCCAUGUGAAACGACUCGUCACAGCAGGCCACAAGGUCGGAGUGGUGCGACAGAUCGAGACAGCUGCACUCAAAGCUGCGGGUGAUAACCGCAAUGCGCCGUUUGUCCGCAAGCUGACGAACCUCUACACCAAAGGAACCUACAUUGAUGACGCUGAAGGUCUGGAGGGUCCUGCCCCGGCAGCGGGAGGCACCUCGCCUGCUACGGGUUACAUGUUCUGUAUGACAGAGACUAACGCCAAGGGCCCGGGUAACGAUGAGCGGGUGCAUGUCGGAAUCAUUGCAGUUCAGCCGGCUACAGGUGAUAUUAUCUACGACGACUUUGAGGAUGGCUUUAUGCGCAGCGAGAUCGAGACACGACUCUUACACAUUGCCCCAUGUGAGAUUUUAAUCGUUGGCGAGAUGUCCCGAGCCAGCGAGAAGCUUGUUCAGCACUUGUCCGGAAGCAAAAUGAAUGUCUUCGGGGAUGCCGUGCGACUGGAAAGGGCUCAGAAGAAAAAGACAUCCGCUGCUGAGGCUCACAGUCACGUAUCGGGUUUUUACGCAGGCAAAAUGAAAGCUACGAGCACUCAAGAGGACGCUCAGGCAGCAAAGUUACUUCAAAACGUUCUUGAACUACCGGAGCAGGUUACUGUCUGUUUGUCCGCUAUGAUCGAGCACAUGACUGAGUAUGGGCUGGAGCAUGUGUUUGAACUGACAAAAUAUUUCCAGCCCUUCUCGGCUCGCUCGCACAUGCUCUUGAACGGAAACACGCUGGUCAGUCUGGAGAUUUAUCAAAACCAAACGGACCAUUCGGCCAAGGGUAGUCUGUUUUGGACCCUGGAUCGGACGCAGACUCGAUUCGGACAACGUAUGUUGCGGCAAUGGGUUGGACGGCCUUUGCUUGAUAAAAUACGUCUCGAGGAGAGGACCAAUGCUGUCGCGGAGCUGACGGACCCUGCCCGGAUGGUUUUCGUGGAAAGAGUGCGAGGCUUGCUCGGCAAAGUCAAGAGUGAUCUGGAGAAAAGCUUGAUUCGCAUUUACUAUGGCAAGUGCACACGCCCUGAACUUUUGAAUGUGCUGCAAGCCAUGCAAAUGAUUGCGAUGGAAUUCGCAGACAUCAAAUCGCCCGCUCAGACAGGCUUUGAGUCAACACUAGUGAGCGAGGCAAUCGCCUCUCUGCCCACAAUCCGAGCAGAAGUUGUCAAGUUUCUGGACAAGAUUAACCUGCAUGCAGCUCGGACUGAUGACAAGUACUCUUUCUUCCGUGAAGCGGAAGAGACCGAAGCCAUUGGUGAACAUAAGCUCCAGAUUGGAAGCAUAGAACACAGUCUCUCUGAGCACCGCAAAGAGGCGGCGUCGACAAUUGGAAGAGGCAAAGUCGAGUACUCGACAGUGUCGGGCAUCGAGUACUUGAUCGAGAUCGAAAACAACUCACCGGCACUCAAGCGAGUCCCCGCAUCAUGGAUCAAAGUGAGCGGCACAAAACGCGUGUCACGCUUCCACACACCGGAAGUCGUUCAAAUGAUCCGAGAGCGCGAUCAGCAAAAAGAAGCCCUAGCUGCAGCAUGCGACCAAGCAUUCACAGCUCUACUAGCCGACAUUGCAGCACAGUACCAAUCCUUCCGCGAUUGCGUCCAAUCUCUCGCAACACUAGACUGCCUGCUAUCCCUAGCAACGAUCGCCCAACAACCCGGCUACGUCAAGCCCGAGUACACAGACGAAGCAGGCCUCCACAUCGAACAAGGCCGACACCCAAUGGUCGAGCAGCUCCUCACAAACACAUACGUACCGAACGACACAAACCUGCACCACGAUAGCACGCGCGCACUCCUCGUCACGGGUCCAAACAUGGGCGGUAAAUCCAGCUACGUACGACAAGUAGCACUAAUCGCAAUUAUGGGCCAAAUCGGAUCCUACGUCCCGGCAGCCUCCGCCAAACUCGGCCUCCUAGAUGCCGUCUUUACCCGCAUGGGAGCCUUCGACAACAUGCUCGCCGGCGAGUCGACAUUUAUGGUCGAGCUCUCCGAGACAGCCGAUAUCCUCAAGCAAGCAACGCCGCGGUCGUUGGUUAUCCUCGACGAACUGGGCCGCGGUACAUCGACGCACGACGGCGUUGCUAUCGCGCAGGCUGUGCUCGAUCACAUGGUCCGGUCUAUCCAGUCCCUCACGCUCUUCAUCACGCAUUACCAACAUCUUUCACGAAUGGUGCAAUCCUUCCCGGAUAAUGCCCUCCGCAAUGUGCACAUGAAGUUCACGGAGACAGGCGGGAAGGAGGGCGACGAGGAGAUUACAUUCUUGUAUGAAGUCACUGAAGGUGUUGCGCAUCGCAGUUAUGGAUUGAAUGUGGCUCGGUUGGCCAACCUACCCUCGGCUGUUAUUGAUGUUGCUCGUCAGAAGAGCGCUCAGCUUGAGGAGUCUAUUCGCCGGAAACGGUUGGCUGGGCUUGUCGGUGCGGUUGGGCGUGUUCUUGAUGACAAGGAUAGCGAUUCUGUUGUUGAUGGGCUUCUUGAGAGGCUUGUGGCGAGUGCUGAGCAGUUGUAG